AUGUGUGGGAUUGUCGGGUGCAUUCACCACCCGAAUGCGCAGGCCUAUCGGGCCAAGAUGCUCAACAUGUCGCGCUCGAUCCGCCACCGUGGUCCGGACUGGUCCGGCUGCGUUGUGGUGGGCGAGAACGACCCGAAGCGCCAGACCCGUGGCAGUGUGCUGUGCCACGAGCGUCUGGCGAUCGUUGGCGUGGACUCGGGGGCCCAGCCACUCGUGAGUGAGGACAAGAAGCUGUACCUUGCGGUCAAUGGUGAGAUCUAUAACUUCCGCCAGCUGCGUGCCUCGCUCAAGGACAAGGUGCACUUCCAGACCGAGUCGGACUGCGAGGUCAUCAUGUACCUGUAUCGCGAGCACGGCCCUGACUUUGUCAACAUGCUCGAUGGCAUGUUUGCGUUCGUGCUCAUCGACACGAGUGUGCACCCUCACCAUGUGAUCGCGGCGCGCGACCCGAUCGGUAUCACGACACUGUACUACGGCCGCUCGUUCGAGUACCCUGGCGCCAUUUACUUCGCUAGUGAGAUGAAGGCGAUUUCGAGCGAGUGCGAGCGCCUGCACUCGUUCCCCCCGGGCCAUUACUACGACAGCCAGCGCCCCACCGGCCAGGAAAUUGUGCGUUACUUCCAGCCGUCGUGGAUGUCGUCGGACCAGCCGGGCCACCUUCCGACGACGCCCGCGGACCUCUCGCUGAUCCGCACGACGCUGGAGAAGGCCGUGCGCAAGCGCCUCAUGAGUGAGGUCGCGUACGGUGUGCUGCUCAGUGGCGGUCUCGACUCGUCGCUCAUUGCCGCGAUCGCUGCACGCGAGACGGAGAAGCAGGCGCUCGCGCAGCAGCAGGCGGCGCUCGCACACCAGCCGCGCGGCAAGGUGCGCCGCACGGACGCUGCCGCGGAUGCGACUGAGGGCGGUGCCGACGCGCCGCUCGUCGCAUGGCCGCGCCUGCACUCGUUCUCCAUUGGCCUGCCCGGCUCACCCGACCUGCUCGCGGCGCGCCAGGCGGCCGAGUUCCUCGGAACGAUCCACCACGAGUACACUUUCACGGUCCAAGAGGGCCUGGACGCGCUCUCGGACGUGAUCUACCACCUGGAGACGUUCGAUGUGACGACGGUGCGUGCGUCGACGCCCAUGUACCUACUGUCGCGCAAGAUCAAGGCUACGGGUGUCAAGAUGGUACUCUCCGGCGAGGGCUCCGACGAGGUGUUUGGCGGCUACCUCUACUUCCACGCGGCUCCCGACAAGGAGGCGUUCCACCACGAGUCGGUGGCGCGCGUGAAGAACCUGCACACGGCCGACUGUCUGCGUGCGAACAAGAGCACGAUGGCGUGGGGUCUCGAGGCGCGUGUGCCGUUCCUGGACAAGGCGUUCCUGGACGUGUGCAUGAACGUGGAUCCCGAGCAGAAGAUGUUCUCCAAGGGCAGCCUGCAGACGAAGGAUGCGGACGGCCGGCCCCACAUGGAGAAGUACAUCCUGCGCAAGGCCUUUGACGUGCACCCUGAUGAUGUUGAGGCCGGCGCACCUGUCGAGGGAAGUCGUCCGUACCUUCCCGACAGCAUCCUGUGGCGCCAGAAGGAGCAGUUUAGCGAUGGCGUUGGCUACUCGUGGAUUGAUGGCAUGAAGGAGCAUGCCGAGCAGGUCGUCUCAGACGACAAGUUUGCGGAGCGCGCGAGUCGCUAUCCGCUCGAGACGCCCGACACCAAGGAGGCCUACAUGAUCCGCGAGAUGUUCGAGGCGUGGUUUCCCUCGGACGCGGCUGCCAAGACAGCUGUCCGCUGGGUGCCGCGCGGCGACUGGGGCUGUGCAAGGUACGUGCAUACAACUCACAGACAGCGACCCGUCCGGCCGUAG